AUGUCGUCGUCGUCGGCGGCGGCACUGUUUGCCUGCUCCAAGUGCAAUUCCCGGCAUCCGUUUGAAGACCUGUCGCAAGGACAACAGCUGUGCAAGACUUGCCGCCAAGCCAGUGUCAAGUGUACAUACUGUCGCGCUGACUUCCAUCCAGAAGGGAAAACAUCCAUCUGUAAAAAGUGCGAGAAUAACGUCCGUCAAUUUGGAAAACCGAGAUCAUGCGAUUACUGCAACCUGGUUGCAGCUUUCAUCGGAACCAAAUGCCAGCGAUGCACUAACUCAGAGAAGAAAUAUGGAGCACCGAUCACAUGCGAGCAAUGUAAACAGAAGAGCGCCUUCGACCGCAAAGAUUCGGAGACACAGAAACGAGAGGGAAAAAUGCUCUGCUGGCUGUGCACUGUUUCCUUGAAGAGGACUCUAGCGAAAGCGCGUAUCUCGGAUCCGUCCCGGUUGAGAGCCAGUUCAUCGCGCAGUAGUCCGACCGCACCACCGACUGCGAACCUCCUUCCGGAGAACAAACGCAAGGAGAAGAAACCCGAUUUCCACCGAGAUCGGAAACUCCGACCAGAUGUGACUAAGGUUCACGUCGACGAUGAAGUCAAAGAGGUCAAAACAUCGAAGCCGAUCGUCUUCCCGGAUCCUACUUCCUCGGAUCAUGUGGUGGCUCUGACGAAGCUCAAUGACCAGGUACUCACACUUCAAAAAUCUCUCGCCGAAAAAGAAAAACUUCUAAUAGCGAAGGACCGAAUCAUCUGCGAACUGAAGGCCGACAUGGGUAAAGUCGACCGGGACGCGAGAUCCAAGUUUCAGGACGCCGUGAAGCGGCAUGGAGAGCAGAUGGCCGAGAUGCAGGAGAAAUGUCGCGCUUUGCAGAAACAGGUUGUGGCCAAGAAAGAUUCGAAAGCAAAGCGCAUGAGGAUGGACAUCACAGCGACUCUUUUGAACGGCACGCUGUGAUUUUCUUUAAUCUGAAGAGGUUAUAGGGCUGGGAAUUUCUACCGAACAACUCGUGAGAAGCGCAACUAUCGUCAGAUUCCUCCAAUGUGCCGUUUUUUAGCUGAUCUUCUUACAUUUCUCGCACAGCUGAUCUUCUCUGAUUCAAGCCUACCUUAUCAUCUGGAGUCCUCGUCCACAGACGGGACUCGGAGAAUAUAUGACUCGAGAGGUUCCCGUAUCAUGUCCGUUUCUAAAGUCAUCGACACCCACAGACUCUAUCGCUCAAACAAUCAAGCUAUCGAUGUGUCACAUGACGACGACUCUCAAAGAGUGUUUUUCAACUGACCCGUACUGGUCGGUACCUGGAGUCCCACUCU